AUCCAAAAUUUAUUAUAACCUAUAAAAAUGUUUUGAUUUGAUUAAUUGGGUUUGAAUCUGGUUACGAUAUUUAAUUCAUUCAUUUUAUAUAUAAAUACUUUCUGUUUCGAUAUGGCGUUCUCGCUCAAUCUACGCUCUAUUAUACUGAAUAGAAUAAUUCGAAGUGAUGUUCGAUUUGGUUUCCGUGCAUUUAGCGAUGCUGCGGAUGGAGCGGCUGAGGGUGAAGAGCAGGAUAACGCCGCCGCCGUCGACCCGACUAAAGAUCGCACGAAAGUUAUACCACUAGAGACAAGCAUGAAGUACAUGCAGAGCAAAGCCUACAAUCAGACUUAUGGUGAAAGCCCAGUCUGGUUUCUAUAUCGCAGGAACCAUAAAGGAGGGUUUGCUCCAAGGAAAACCAGGAAGUCAUGCGUCAGAAAUGGAAUGAUAUCUACCGGUAACCCAUGCCCUAUAUGCCGGGAUGAGUAUCUUGUGCUUCACCAUCAAAACACCAAUUUGCUUGAACAAUUUAUAUCAGAACACACUGGACAGGUCUUGGAUGCAUUUAAAACUGGCCUUUGUCAGAAGAAACAUAAGGAACUGCUGGUGGCCAUUGAGCGAGCCUGGGACCAAGGCUACCUCACCUAUGAUGUACCAUUCAGGGAAUAUGAUUACUCAUUAUAUAACAAAAACAACGAGACAACUAAGAACAAAAUAUAACUUUAUUUACUAAAUAAAAACUAUAGCCAUAGCAACAAUA